GCAACUUGACUGAGAGGUUCAGACUGGGUCUUGGGCUGAGGCUCAGGAUCAUGACACAUCUACUGCAAUGGCUCUUAAUCAUCCUCCAUUUACAAAUAGGAGAAGCAGUCUCCACAGGGAACAAAGUGCCAUCAUCAUUGAUAGGGACUGUGGGGAAGUCAUGCAUUCUCCCCUUGAACAUCUCAUCAAACAAGAAUAUUCGAAAUAUCGUCUGGCUUUCUCGCAAUUCUCUUGCCACUAUCGAUGUAACAGAACAAAAAACCAAUGUCAUAAUAACUGAUACCAAGUACGAUAAUCGACUGGAAGUCCUCAAGCCAGACUACUCCUUGCAAAUCAACAAUUUGACGAUGGAAGAUGAAUAUUUCUACAGAGCACAGAUAAACAUAAAGAGUUCUUCUGAAACCUUAAUUCAAGAAUACUUCCUACAUGUUUAUGAGGAACUGAGCAAACCCCGAAUCACAGUAAACUUGACAAAGUCUGAGAAUGGUACCUGUAAUUUCAUCCUGCAGUGCUCCAUAGGAAAGGAAGAAAAAGAUGUGACUUAUGAUUGGAUAUCCCUGAAAGAUGAAGAGGAAGUCACCCCCCAUCAGGGACCCAUCUUGACAGUGUCCUGGAGACCUGGGGAAAGUGAGCCAAAAUAUAUCUGCAGAGUCACAAAUCCUGUCAGCAAUCAAAGCGCCCAGCCAAACCCUUUUGCAGGGCUCUGUACAGGACCAUCAUCUGUGAAUUAUGUUAUGCUGGUCAUUGGAAUUUUAUUUCCAGUUGUGCUGUGUGUAGCCAUCAUGUUUGGAAUUAUUUUUUGGAACAAAAAAGGACAAGGUUUCAUCCAAUUCUCAACAAACCGUGUUCAGCAACAGGAGGCUUCCACUGAAGGGACCACAGUAUAUGCACAAGUCAGUCAUCCAUACAGGAAAAAGACUGAAAGUCCUAGUAUUCCAGACCAGAAGGAUUCUGUCACAAUUUACUCUACCAUCCAGUCACCUAAAGAGCAGAAAGCAGCCACACUUCCUGAAACAUCUGCUUAUGACAAACUCUUCUAAGGAACCAAGCAAGAGUAUCACUUCAUUUCACAAGACCUCAGUUUCCUCGUCUAUAAAACAAGGGGGUGGACUGGAUGAUCUGAGGUUCCUUCCGGUGCUUAAUCCUAUUACCAUGUGAUAGCAGCUUCUCUCUGCCUUUCUACUGCAGCAACAAAGGGAUGGCAGACUUUCCCAUGGGAAAGGUUACCCUCCAUAUGACAGGAAACCUAGCAACUUUUCUUGCCAAGUAAAAGCAAACUGUAGACAUCUGACAUUAACAGAAAUAAACCAUGACAUCUAGGUUCUACUGCUGAAGGAAUGUCUUCAUACCCAGAAACUAAGCCAAGUAGCAUCUCCUCAAUGCCAGGUCAAGAUAUAUUUGAGAAAUAUGUCUUGUGAAAUGACUUUUUCUUUGUUAAAUUAGCUGAUGAAGGACAAGAGAUGGAGACUUGAGAAGAAAUGGAAGCUGUUCCCCCAUUGAGAAGACUGUGGAAGUAGUGGCCCUGGAAACCAUCAUUCUUCCAUAGAGACUUCAGGUUACUGGGGAUUUGAGUAUCCCACUUCCUUUAUACUCACCAUGCUCUCUCACGUAGAUACCUUGCCUUCUAUAAUUCCUACCCAUUCGGUAGGAAAAGUGGAAGGACUGAUCUCCUCACUGAGCCGUGUCAGUUCUGAGUCACCAAUGGACUUCCUUCCUUCUUCUCAUUUUUUGAAAUCACCUAAUUUCUUCCAACUGCUUCUGUUGACUAGGGUUCCUAGAACCCAUUCCCACCUUACUUAGUGACUGCAGAACCUGACAUGCAUUUUUCCCUUCAUACUAAAGCAACCCUGGGGCAGCUAGGUGGCGC